AUGGUGUUGAAAAAUUCCGUGGUUAUUGCAAAAGCCAGUUCUCUGAGUCUAAUGGUUUUGGUGAUGCUUACUUGUGUAAGCUGGAUCCUCUUUCCUUUGGUGGAUAGCACACAGGAUAAAGUAUUAUUAUUUGCAGCAUGGUAUCCCUUUGACACAUCAGUGGAGUCAAUUUAUAGAUACACCUAUGUUCUUCAAUCAAUUUUAUUAUUAACAACAGCUGCCAUGAAUGCAAUGAUGGACAUGCUGACAACAAAUUUUUACGUGGUUAUGGUGGGACAAUUAGAAAUUCUAAAACAGGACUUCAAGCAGAUGUCAGACAUUGUUCUCAGUAACUUAUCUGAUACAAGUUGUGAAUUUCCCAGCGGGACAGUAACCGCUGAUAAGAAAUUAGCUUCUAGCCAAGAGGGAAAGGCAUCUUAUCCGACAUCCUAUUCAGUUUCUAGAGAAGAAGUGCAAUGUCACAGAUGUUUAGGAACCACAAAUACACCCGAGGAUACAUUCUGCUCUGAAGGAAAUUGCUUAGAGAAAAUUCUAAACGAACGUGUUGCAAAAUGUACGAUACGUCACAAAGCAAUACUCACUUUUAUUAAUGACGUAAAGAAUGUGUUUCAAAUUGGAAUCGUGGCUCAAAUCUGCGCAAGUAGCAUUAUCAUUUGCGUGACAUGCUUCGAAAUGACCUUGAUUUUGAGGCUAGCCUACUCCUUCUUCGUACUUCUAAAACAAGUUAACGUCAGAAAUGAAUAG